AUGGCAGGCGGUAUCCCAAUCGCAACCCAACCUCUCGAGGGCGGUUUCCUCACCGGUCGCAAACUGAUCUUCCCGAUCGCACUUGUCACCUCCCUCUUCUUCCUCUGGGGGUUCUCCUACGGUCUUCUCGAUGUGCUCAACAAGCAUUUUCAAGAGGUGCUUGGGAUAACACGCCUGCAAUCGACCGGCCUCCAAGUUGUCUACUUCGGUGGUGGUUACCUCUGCUUCUCUCCCAUCGCCGCCGAGGUUCUGAAGCGUAAGGGCUACAAGGUCGCCAUUCUCAUGGGUCUUUCUCUCUACUCGCUCGGCGCUGUCAUGUUCUGGCCCACCGCGAAAUUCUCCAACCCUGACAAUGGAACGGCCGCCUUCGGAGGCUUCAUUGCCUGCACCUUCGUCAUUGCUUGCGGUCUCGCAACCCUCGAAACCUCUGCCAACUCCUACGCUGUCGUCAUCGGUGACCCAACCACCGCCUCUCUCCGUCUUCAGUUCUGCCAGUCGUGGAACGGUGUUGCUUCUUUCAUCGGCCCGCUGAUCGCUUCCAAGUUCUUCUUCAGCGGCGACGACGCUGGCAGCCUCACCAAUGUUCAAUACGUCUAUCUUGCUGUAGCCUGCGCUGGUGUCGCUGUCGCCGUGCUCUUCUUCUUCUCUAAGCUUCCCGAAGUCAGCGAAGCCACGCUCGCCGGCCAGGACGCUGAUGGUCUUGCUGCCGUCGAUAAGCACGGAAACGAGAUCGGCGCCGGUCCUCUCUACAAGCAGUACAACAUGAUCUUCGCCUUCAUCGCCCAGUUCUGCUACGUCGGCGCCCAAGUCACCGUAGCUACCUUCUUCAUCAACUAUGCUACCGAGGCCGCCACCUUCACCUCAUCCCAGGCCGCUCAACUGCUGUCCUAUGCUCUCAUCACCUUCACGGUUGGCCGCUUCGUCGCUACUGCGCUCGCCACCAUCUUUGCCGCGGACUUCAUGAUCGUUGUUUACGCCAUCUGCGCCAUCGCCAUGAAUGCCUACCUUUGCGCCGGCUCCGGCACACCUGCUGUCGGUGUUCUCAUCGCGAUCUUUUUCUUCGAGGCACCCAUGUACCCGACUAUCUUCGCGCUCGGUACGGCGAAUCUCGGGCGCCACACCCGAAGGGCGGCCGGAAUCUUGGUCAUGGGUGUCUCCGGUGGUGCAGUCUUCCCGCCAAUCCAGGGCGCCAUUGCCGAUUCUGCCAGCACCAAGAUCUCCUACAUCGUCCCGCUUGUCGGCUUCGUCUAUGUGCUUGGUUACGUUAGCUUCCACUGGAUGCGCCACGGCUUCAAUAUCUUCGUCAAGAAGAGUAUCGCGGGCAAGCCAUUCGGUGGCGCGACUGGCGGCGCGGUGGAGAACGUCCACUUCGAUGCUGAUAAGGUCGAGACGGUCCAUAUGGACACUGAGAAGAACGGCAGGAUGGUUGUCGUUAAGAGCUAG